AUGGUGGCGAACUUGGUGAAGGUAAUAACUCAGUACCGUCGGAGUGCAUUAUCUGAAACGGUAAAUCGGUAUAAUUACCACCCAUACUCUCAAUUACUGCGAUUCUCUCGUGUCAAUUCAGUAGGCAUCUCUUAUCGCGCGGGUGUGGCAUGUCGUCUCUUUGAGCAUUUGGGUGUCCGUGACGGCGGGUCAUGGAUAAUGUUCGAGACAGCUCCUCGGAAACUACCGGGUAUUGUACUCAUUCCGCCGUACAAGCUGGCACGGGUGCUAGAAGACACCGGGGAAUCAGCGACUAUACGUUUCAUACGACACUACUGGCUGGCCUCUCGACUGGCCACCCAGGUCGUUACCACAGCCGUCUCUGCAGGACACUUCCAUCAAGAAUGCUGCAACCUACACGCAGUCCUCAUCCAAAAUAAACCCACUGCCUCCUUUGUCUUGGCACUGGCCGGUACAGACGCCUUCCGGGCAUUAACCUUCUGCACCUACACGUCCAAUCCGUUCUACCGACUGGGAUAUCUACCUGCCACUAUACCCGGCUGUGAUCACCCUGACAAACACACCAUACCAGACCUUGCCGACGUACCAUCCAACAAUCCUGAACCCAGCCACCGAAAUGCACUCUUCUCAUGCAAAAAAAUAAUCGAACACUACUAUGCCAUGACCGACCCCUUCUUCCACUCUGAAAAUCUGUCCACCCGACAAGCUCUAUCCUCUCAAGCUCGCUUCGUCCGCACUGUCACACAAGUACUCACUCAAGUCAUUAUGGUCUAUCCACCCGCCGAAGUCUGCGGGUCCUCAACUUUCCGAUUCCUUACUGAGGCCAUCAAGUGCGCCACCACAGGCCGCUUCGAACACUUCAGAAAGGAAAUGGAAGAUAUACAACCACUGUCACCCGGCCCCGGCGAACUACCUCUCCAACGGGAAGGAGACGAAAUGGAAAAGAAACUCACCCUCCUCUGGCAAAACUGGCACCUGACACAAUCAAAACUCUGCGAAACCUGA